AUUUUUUACGCUGCCAUUUUGUCCGGCGGAGACUGAAGCAGCCGUCCAGCCUUUUCCUUGUCGUGUCUCAGAACAAGCCCACGUCAAGACGUUCCACGUUGCGGGACGGGGAUUGGCAAUAGCUUGGACAGCGCGAAAAGGAGAGCGAAGGCGAGCCACGGAGCGACAGCGACUGUCAUUUUUUAACAUCACCUCUCCGCCGGUUCAACUCUUUUCCAAGCUAAUGUCGGUAGCUUUUUUCGGCUAAUACCCUCCGCCCCUUGCGCCCUCUUCCCCCCCUGACUGAGACAUCACCUGUCACCGCUGGUGACCCCCCCGUGUGAAUUUUACAAGUUCUAGCAAUGCCCUUCUCAUUUGUGUCUGACUUUUUAUGCUCGAAGGAAGAGUUGACCAGGACUUUUUGUUGCUAACGAGCUAACAAGUUGACGUGGAGGAAGGAGGAACUAAAAAAAAAAAAAAAAAUCUGCAGAGGGCGAUUGUUGUUGCGAUUUCACACGGAUUGUUCGCAUUUCCCCCCCUGAGGUGCCCUGCGUGAAACCAUUAGACCGUCCGUGUGACAGAGCGGCCAGUAAGCUAUGUUUAUUUAUGCGCACAAAGUUAUUUCCACUGUUGGCAAAUCCCACAGCGGGACUCUUUUUUGGUUGGAGGAUUGCAGCGGAAACAUGAGCUAACACAGACUAGCUCAUAAUAGUGUCGUAGGUUUAGAGAAAGCAGAACAUAAAAAAAGAAGCCUUUUCCGUUCGCUUGACAGAGAAGUCACGUUCAAGUGUCCCCUCGCUUGGGAGUCGACCCACUGAUAGGAUCGUUGUGCUCUUUUUUUCGUUCUUUCUUAUUUUUUUUUAUCUGAACCAUUGAGCAAAGGCACAUUUGAGGUGCCGAGAAGGAGACGUGAUGUCUGGCCAAUCGAUCACAGACCGGAUCGCUGCAGCUCAGCACAGCAUGACCGGAUCGGCGAUCAGUAAGGCGGUGUGCAAGGCCACCACGCACGAAGUGAGCGGACCCAAGAAGAAACAUCUGGACUAUUUGAUCCACUGCACCAAUGAGAUGAACGUGAACAUUCCCCAGUUAGCGGACACGCUGUUCGAGCGCACAGCCAACUCCAGCUGGGUGGUGGUCUUUAAAGCCCUUAUCACCACGCACCACCUCAUGAUGUAUGGCAAUGAGCGUUUCAUCCAGUACCUGGCCUCCAGUAACACAUUGUUCAACCUCACCAACUUCCUGGACAAGGGAGCCCUGCAAGGUUACGACAUGUCGACCUUCAUUCGGAGAUACAGCCGUUACCUGAACGAAAAGGCCAUGUCCUACAGACUUGUGGCUGUGGAUUUUACCAAGAUGAAGCGGGGGACCGACGGUGUGAUGCGAACCAUGAACACGGAAAAGCUGAUCAAGACGCUGCCCAUAAUUCAGAACCAGCUCGAUGCGCUGCUGGAUUUCCAGGCCAACCCGAACGAACUCACUAAUGGUGUGAUCAACUCUGCCUUCAUGCUGCUCUUCAAAGACUCAAUCAGGCUGUUUGCUGCUUACAACGAAGGGGUCAUCAACCUCUUGGAGAAAUACUUUGACAUGAAGAAGAACCAGUGUAAAGACGCGCUGGAUAUCUACAAGAAGUUUCUUUACAGGAUGACGAAGCUGUCAGAGUUCCUCAAAGUGGCCGAGGAAGUUGGAAUAGAUCAGGGUGACAUCCCCGAUCUCUCGCAGAAAACAAAAGGAUCAUACAUUGCCCCCAGCAGCCUCCUGGAGGCUCUGGAGCAACACUUGGCCUCCCUGGAGGGCAAGAAGACCAAGGAGCUAAAUGCAGACGCCAGAGCGUCCACCCUGUCCAGUGCCGUCUCAUGUCUCGCCUCCACCGACAUGUCCUUCGCCCGCAUGGAUGAAAAGGAGAAGCAGCUGGCCCUGGAGGAGGAGCAGGCCCGACUGCAGGCUCUUAAGGAUCAGCGUCUGAAGGAGAUCAGCAUGCAAACUCCGCCCUCUGCCUCCCCCAGCAACCAAUCCAUAGGCAGCACCCACAACAACAACCACAUCACGCCAACGCCAGAGUUGUUCGGCUCCACGCUCUCAGCCAACAGUGUGCCCCACCUGAACAGCGACUUGUUUGAUCUGCAGCCAACCUUCAUCCCCGCGGUGCAGUGCACUCCUUCCAUCUCCUCCGCCAACAGUGCAUGGGGAGUUCUUCCAAAAGGAAGCAGCACUUAUACAAUAACGGAACUACAUCCCUCAGGACUGGAGAGCCAGCCCCUGCAACAGAACGCCCCCGGCAUGACCGUAGAUUUCGAUGCCGUGUUCGGGAAUAAGGCCGCUCCUGCUAACGACGGAACACAGCCAGCAGCCGGUUUUGACACCCUGGGAGAUCUGCUGAAGCCGACAGUUCCCAUACAUGCCGCCCAUCCUCUCCCGCCGCAAAUGGUCUUCCAGUCUGGUGGAAAGCUGCUCGCCAAUGACCUGGACUCCUCCCUGGCCAACCUUGUAGGCAAUCUGCAGUUUGGUGGAACCCCAUCCAAGAACUGGCCCUCCAGGCCGGACAUGCAGUGGAAUCAGCCCGGGGAGAAGAAGCUGACGGGCGGACAGAACUGGCAGAACAAGACCAUGUCCACCACCCAGUGGAGCCCCGCCCCCAUGGUCCCGCCUCCCAUGCCUGUGCCACACGUGAAUGGAAUGUUCUAUACUAGUUAUGCUCCAGCUCCCGUGGCUUUCCCCAUGACGACACCGCAAGUGCCUGUGUAUGGAAUGGUACCCCCCCAGAUGGGUCAGGUGGGUGGGGUCCCAGUCAUGGCUCCUCAGCCGAUGAUGUAUAACCAGCCUGUCCUCAGACCCACUAAUCCCUUUGCAGCCAUGCCUGGUGCCCAGAUGCAGUUUAUGUAAUCUAGUCAAGGGCGGGUGGAGGGGGAGUCGAGUGCCAAAAGCGACAAAUUUACACAAAGAAGACAAAGACACAAGAGGAGCGAUUAUUUGAUCAAGCUUAAACGGACAAAGACUGCGACGCAACCGAUGCCGCCAAAGCAAGUUGAUGAGGCUGGAGGGAUUGCCGUUGUCUGAAGCAACACGCGAGUGUGUGUGUGUGUGUUUGCGUGUGUAUGGAUGCAUGG